CACACCCCAAUUCCUCUCGCCCCAUUGCCGGCCGCCUCCCUCCGUCCUCUCGCCUCGCUUGCUGCAGGUUCAAUCGCCGCCGCCAUUUCUGCAGUUUUUAAUUCCCACGUCCUGUUCCGGCCCGGCCGUGCACUCCAAAUUCUUCCAACAAGGCCAGCCCACGCCACCCGGCCGGGAUCCCAGAAAAGUUGCGCUCGGCCUUCGCGCGUUACGUCUCCCACCCAGCCCUUCGAUCCCGUGAUUUCAGAGGCGCCCCUGUACCGAAAGCCUAGCUCCCAAUCUUCCUUGGAUUCGUCUUUUUUUUGGAUCUUGGGGACUGCACUGCACACAGUUUGCCUCUCUUACCUUUUUUUGGAUCUUGGUGGUGCCGAGCCGACAAGCAAUGGGGAGGAAGUACUACUGCCACGCCGUGGCCGCGCUGGCCGUCGUGUUCGCGGCGGCCGUCGUCGUCGCUGCCGACCGGCGCCUGUCGCUGGUGGUCGGCGCCGCGGUGGCGCCCGAGGAGGUGAGUCUGCUCCGGAAGGUGGCCAAUCUGAUGUGGAACGGCGAUGGCAACUCGUACCAGCACGUGUGGCCGCCAAUGGAGUUUGGGUGGCAAAUUGUGCUGGGGUCACUGAUCGGAUUCUUCGGUGCCGCGUUUGGGAGCGUCGGCGGAGUUGGUGGCGGCGGGAUCUUCGUGCCGAUGCUGACGCUCAUCAUUGGGUUUGACCCGAAAUCAUCUACUGCGAUAUCAAAGUGUAUGAUUAUGGGAGCCUCUGUUUCAACUGUUUACUACAAUCUCAAGCUAAAGCAUCCGACUUUGGACAUGCCAGUGAUCGAUUAUGACCUGGCUGUGCUCAUGCAGCCUAUGCUAAUGCUUGGGAUCAGCAUUGGUGUUAUUUUUAAUGUUAUAUUCCCUGACUGGCUGGUCACAGUUCUGCUGAUAAUUCUUUUCCUAGGCACAUCCACAAAAGCCUUUCUGAAGGGCAUUGAGACAUGGAAGAAAGAGACAGUAAUCCAAAGGGAGGCUGCGAAACUUUUGGAGCAAACUGCAGGUGAGGAAGCAGAGUAUGCAGCACUUCCUACUGGACCAGAUGUUGCAGCAAACAAAAAAGCCCUCACAUCAGAUGAGGCGCCAUCGCUUAUAAAGAACAUACACUGGAAGAAGGUUGGUCUUCUUUCAUUUGUAUGGGUGGCAUUCCUUGUUCUUCAGGUCACAAAGAAUUACACUGCUACUUGCUCCCCAUGGUACUGGGUCUUGAACCUUCUCCAGGUUCCAGUGUCAGUAGGAGUGACACUGUAUGAAGGAUUUGGGCUGAUGAGUGGGAAGAGGGUGUUAUCAUCAAAGGGAAGUGGACAAACUACCAUGAAAUUUCAUCAGGUAGUCGUAUACGGUCUAUUCGGUAUAGCCGCAGGACUAGUUGGUGGACUCCUUGGUCUCGGAGGUGGCUUCAUUAUGGGGCCACUGUUCUUGGAGCUUGGCAUCCCUCCCCAAGUUUCAAGUGCUACUGCUACCUUUGCAAUGAUGUUCUCAUCUUCCAUGUCGGUUGUCGAAUACUACCUCUUGAACCGGUUUCCAGUGCCUUAUGCUGUUUAUUUCAUCGUUGUUGCAUUUGUUGCUGCCAUCAUUGGCCAGCAUGUGGUGAGGAAGUUGAUCAACUGGCUAGGGCGAGCAUCACUUAUCAUCUUCAUACUGGCUUUCAUGAUCUUUGUCAGCGCGAUUUCUCUCGGUGGGGUUGGCGUCUCUAACAUGGUUCACAAGAUUGAGCGACAUGAGUACAUGGGGUUUGAGGACCUUUGCAAGUACGAUGCAUAAGAAGCAGGGAAGCUGAAGAUGUGAGCUAUGUGGUGUGCAGUUCUCCGCAAGCAGAAGUGGGAUAAUUCAAGGAUAGAAGGGUUCCAUGAUGCAAUUUGGUGCGUAGGACCGAAGAGGUUCUAGCAGCGACAGUUCCUCGAAGGGAGGCUAGCUGCAUGGAUUGGCUUAAGAUGAAUUUUGGGCACUGAAUUUUCAAAACAAAUGUAGAGAUGAUUUUCUGCCACGGCAGAAUGUCGUCAGUGCAUUUCGUUGUAGGAAAUGUACACUGCACAUCUUCAGAUAACCAUCCUAUAGUACUACGCGAUAUGAAAUAUCACAUGAUAGACAUGAGAUGGGUGCCUCUUAUGGAUUU